AUGUGGAAUAAAUUGUUCGUGGCUUCGUGCUUGAUUACUGUGGCAAGCGCACAGUGGUGGACAAAAUAUGAAGUCAAAGCUGCGGGCCGAGUGACUUGUGAUGGGAAACCGGUGGUCAACGCGACCGUUGUUCUCUGGGAGCAGGACAGUAAGUCCUAUUAUGACAAAUUUUUGUGUCUCCAGAAACUGUGUCACGAUGACACCCGUUUAAAAUGUGUCAGUCGUACAAACAGCGGCUGUAUAUAGGGUGCGGACGGGGUAUAUACCUGGGGUAUAUUCCCGGGUAUAUACCCAAGUACCCGAGAGGCCGUGAAUUUUCGGGUAUUUAUGGGUAUAUUCAAAGUGCUUUUGCAUUCAAAAAAUGUAAAGAGAGUCGAGUUUUGCCAUAAAAAAUCAAUAAAUGUUGACAUUUUGUCAUAAUUUGUUUUUUGGGGGCUUCGGUAGUUGAGCCCCCCACGAAAGGUAGUUCAAACCCCACUGUUUUGCCCGUUUCACACCCCACAUAAUGAACAAAUUAGAAUAAUACAAAAAAUGUAAGUGUGGGUUUGAUCUAAAACGUAUGGGGCUUGAUCUAAACCGUAGGGGGCUUCAUCUAAAACGUAGGGGGCUGUUGCUGGACCAUACAACUUGGAUUAAUUCUUUGAAAUAAAUUUUGGAUUUAGAAUGGACGAGGGGGGUUUGUACUGGGUCAUGGGGGGCUGUACUACCUUAGCCCCGUUUUUUGCCUCUCAAGACUUGGUUCUAAGGUUAAAAUUUACUUAAAAUUUACGGUUGGUAGUAUUCGCAAAAGUAUCCACAAAAAAAGCAUCGCUUCAAAACUUUUACAAAGCGCCAGCUGUAUGACGGAUUCUCUGGAUUUUUCAAGAUUUUUCCACGGCGAGAAGCUUUCCAGUGCCCAAAAUUCUUCUACUCGUUCUAGUAGUCCUAGCCAUAUACAAUCGCUGUCUAUACCACUGGCACAAGCCGGUGUCAUCUGACCCAUUUUCUUGACAAAAAAGUUUUUUGCAAAUCCCAGAAUGAUAAUUGCUCGGAAGAUUUUGCAUUUUUGCAUUUAAAGUGCAGAUAAGUCGGAAAAAGUGCAAAAAAAGGUGUUUUUGCGCGGUAACUCUAAAACUGUUAGAAAACAACGCAAAAAAUAUAUGUAUUAGGAAGUACUCAAAAUUCUCUACACGGUAGCAUCUUUUUUUUCUUCAGUAGUCAGCUAGAAAGUGCAUUUUCAUUGCAUUUAAAUUUGAAAUUUUCAUUUUUUCGAAUGUGAUUUUCUCGGGGGUUACAAAGUGCAUGGUGACAAUUUUUGUAUAAUUAGAAUGAGUAAUCUUCAUAGUAUCAAACACUUUUUCUAAUUUUGCAAUACCUGCCUUUGCUAGCCGGCAACACAAAGAAAUGCAUACCCUCUCUCGAUUUUUCACUUUUUUUCGACACCGAUCGGCGGCGAAAAAAGUUCGGAAUGCUGUGGGCCGCUGUUUAUACCAGUGACACGUUUUAUGAACAAAGAUUUACAAGUCCCGGAGACAUCCAUUUUAUCCGGCGGUCCUCUAUUUUCCUGUGUUUCAGUCGUUGAAGACAACCGUUUUCAAACGAGAUUCACGGACCAAAAUGGAAGAUACGAAGUCUAUGGCUACGACACGGAAUGGACGAAAAUCACUCCGUACCUGGUUGUGAAGCACAGCUGCGACGGUAGGCUUCGUUGAUCCUACUCUAAACUGAAUUCCAGGAAAGGAACAGGAGGUUAAGCAUUAUAUUCCCAAAACUUAUGUCUUCGCGGAGGGCUCCCCCAUUACCCCCUACCAAAAGGAUUUCAAUUUUAAUCGGACUGUCACCACACCUUCUAAGCAAAACUAG